AGGCGACAUCAGCUCCCUCAAGAGCUUUCAUCUUCCCCGCCACCUCUUAUUCCAACGGUGCCUCUAUGGCUGCAAUAGCCUCGACUUGCCAUUGAGAUUUUAGAACUCCCCGCUUUACCUUAGCCUCCGGGCUCAUCUUCCUCGACCAUGGCCUCCUCCAUGCUCCGCCGGCCAGGCAAUCUUGCUCGAUACUCAAGGAGAGCUACAGACUGCAUCUACCGCGCAGGACCGCUCUCUGCACACGGUCCACAGUCAAGACUUUCAACUCUUAUCCUUUCACACCGAGCCAGAACGUAUGCUACGCAGCGCUCCGGUGGCCCGAAACCCCCGAAUGGCAAUGCCAACAAGAAGACGGCAAGUUCAGGAACCGGAUCCGGGAACAAUGGCGGAAAGGCGAAGGCGGAGGAGGAGUCUGUGCUCAACAAGGAAGAUCAAGAACAGCUCGAUCAGUUCAUCGCGCACUUGAAGGAACGGGCGCCCGCUUCGCAACAUUUGAUGAUUGAGGACGCGCGAACGGUGAUGUUGGCACAUGGAAUUCCCACGCCAGUGAAAGAUUUCAUUGAUACGCAUAUCAAAACUAGGCGCCCUGCAUCUGUCAUGACUUAUAUGAUGCUGACACGUGAACUAUCUCGUUUGCUCGAUGCUUUCGCCGUUCACGCACACAAAUUCGAGCAGGAGAGGUUGAAGAAAGAGAACCAAUCGGAAGAGGGAAAGGAGGCACCUACGACAGAGGAGGCGUCUAAGAAGGAGGAGGCGUCUAAGAAGGAGGAGGCGUCUAAGAAGGAGGAGGCGGUUAAUAAAGAGGAGGCGUUCAAGAAAGAGGAGACACAGAAGGAACCAAACGAAGAGUCACGAGCGCGACAGGAAGAACGGCUAAAACAACAACGGAAAGACAAAAAGCAGUCCGGCAACAAACCGCCAGAGCCUCAAGAAAUGUUCUCUUUCAAAUUCGACAACUUAUAUCUUUGGGCCGGCGUGCUUGUCAGUUACUAUGUCUACCGCAGCAUCUUUCCCAGCGAAAACACCAACGAGAUUACGUGGCAGGAGUUUAGAUCGAACUUCCUCGAGAGAGGCUUGGUUGAGAGGCUGGUUGUCCUCAACAACUCCCGGGUUCGGGUGGAGCUUCACCGUGAUGCGGUGUCUCAAGUCUACCCCGAAUCGCCCGCUGCUUACCCUGGCUUCUUCUACUAUUUCACCAUCGGAUCCGUUGACGGCUUUGAGCGGAAACUGGAUGCAGCUCAGGAGGAACUUGGAGUCCCCAGUACUGAACGGAUUCCCGUUUUGUAUCAGGGAGAACUUCCCUGGGCAGCUACGUUUGUAAGCUUCGGCCCCACGGUGCUUCUCCUCGCAGGUGUAUACUUCCUGUCUAGACGUGCAGGUAGCGGCGGUGGCCAGGGUGGGAUUUUCGGCAUUGGUAAGAGCCGUGCCAAGCGCUUCAACCAAGAGACCGAUAUCAAGAUCAAGUUCUCCGACGUGGCUGGAAUGGACGAAGCCAAGGUGGAGAUCAUGGAAUUCGUCAGCUUCCUCAAGAGCCCGGAACGAUUCCAGAAGCUUGGUGCCAAAAUCCCCCGUGGCGCCAUUCUCUCGGGUCCUCCCGGUACCGGUAAGACGUUGCUCGCAAAGGCUACAGCUGGUGAAUCUGGCGUGCCUUUCUUCAGCGUCAGUGGAUCGGAGUUUGUCGAGAUGUUCGUGGGUGUCGGUCCCUCUCGAGUUCGUGAUCUGUUCGCCAACGCGCGGAAGGCCACGCCGUGCAUUAUCUUCAUCGAUGAAAUUGAUGCCAUUGGUAAAUCGAGAUCCAAGUCGAACUACGGCGGCAAUGAUGAGCGUGAGAGCACCUUGAAUCAGAUUCUUACCGAGAUGGACGGCUUCAACACUUCCGAACAAGUGGUGGUAUUGGCUGGUACCAACAGACCCGACGUUCUAGAUCAGGCUUUGAUGCGUCCCGGACGUUUUGAUCGGCAUAUCUCUAUUGACAGGCCCACCAUGGAUGGCCGCAAGCAGAUUUUCGCCGUUCAUUUGAAGAAGAUUGUGACGAAGGAGGACCUGGAAUACCUUCAAGGAAGACUUUCGGCUUUGACCCCCGGAUUCGCUGGUGCUGAUAUCGCAAACUGCGUCAACGAAGCGGCUUUGGUUGCGGCCCGUGAAAACGCCGAUCAUGUCACCAUGAAGCACUUCGAGCAAGCCAUCGAACGUGUGAUUGGUGGUCUGGAAAAGAAAUCCCUUGUGCUUUCGCCCGAGGAGAAGCGCACAGUCGCCUACCACGAGGCCGGCCAUGCUAUCUGCGGCUGGUACUUCCGUUGGGCUGAUCCUCUCCUCAAGGUUUCUAUCAUCCCCCGUGGCCAAGGGGCCCUGGGUUACGCCCAAUACCUGCCGGCCAACGGCGACACCUACUUGUUGAAUGCGAACCAGCUCAUGGACCGCAUGGCCAUGACCCUGGGAGGACGUGUCAGCGAGGAGCUGCAUUUCGAUACCGUCACCAGCGGAGCUAGUGAUGAUUUCAACAAGGUCACCCAGAUGGCCACCGCCAUGGUGACGAAGUGGGGCAUGUCGUCCAAGCUGCGCUACAUUUACUACGAGGAGGACCCGAAGAGCCAGAUGCACAAGCCCUUCUCCGAAGACACGGCCCGGGAUAUCGACGCCGAAGUCCGCCGAAUCAUCGACCAGGCCUACAAGCAGUGCCACGAUCUCCUGACCAAGAAGAAGAAGGAAGUCGGCAUCGUGGCCGAGGAACUUUUGUCCAAGGAGGUCCUCAGCCGUGAUGACAUGAUCCGUCUUCUCGGUCCCAGAGAGUGGCCCGAAUCCAACGAGUUCGCCAAGUACUUUGACGGCCGUGGCACCAUCGCUCCCCCGGAGCCUACGCAACCCGGAGGCAACGAUGGCCGCGACUCCACCCCUAUUACCCCAUAGAUGAUGCAUUUUUGGACUCUGCAUUCUUUUCUCUCGAGCAGGAACAUCACGGCUGACGAAGGAUGGGGCGGGGGGUGCAUGUCAUAUCAUAUAUCGUUUCUCGCUUGGGUUUUGUCUUUAUUGUGAACACACGGAGCAUCUCCUUUCCAACAAUUUCCCUCUGCUGCUUUCCGGACUCUUUCAUGCUUCGUUUUCCUUUGCAAGGUUGUUAUUAUAAAUAGGACCUUGUUCUUGCGUUCCCUUUCCCUUCCCCCUCUCCUCUUUGCCCCCAGCCAUCCCUUCUUCUCCUCUCCUCAUGCGCUUUCCUUCUUCAAGAAAGCCUUCUCUGUGUAUUGUAUCUGUAUAGUAGGUAGUCUUAUUCUUAUUGGGGUUUCUGAUAACUAGACGGUAGUGGAAUUGUUCAAUGGCAUUUGACUAGAU